CCCACGAAGUCAAAGACAUCGCCGUCACCGCUCGCACAAGAACAAGCACAAGAACAGGCACCGCAUUCGCCCCAGCGACGCCCGACAGAGGACGUCUCGAUCCUACCUCCCUCUGCGUCUUCUUCCGCCUCCAGAUCCAUGACCGCAGAACAACACCCACCCACCAGGGCGUCGCUCAGAGCCUGGUGGCAGAACUUCACCUCGGCGCAGAAAUCAAAGGCCGGGGGGCAGCCCGGCAGUAGAUACGACCUCGACAAGUCCGGGUUGGAGGAACACCCUGUGUUUGGGAAACCGUUGAAGGAGAGCUUGAAGUAUGCGAGUGUGCAGAUAUCGACGGCAAAUUCGAACGGAGAGCUGUAUGUAUGGGGUUAUAUACCUGUUGUUGUAGCCAAGUGCGGUCUCUUCCUCAAAGAAAAUGCAACCGAGGUCGAGGGUACCUUCCGGGUCAACGGGUCGAAUAAGCGUAUGCGAGAUCUUCAGGCUUUGUUUGAGUCGCCGCCACGAUACGGAAAAUCAUUAGACUGGAAGAAGGAGCAGUAUACGGCGCAUGACGUCGCCAGUGUCUUCCGAAGAUACCUUACCCAGAUGCCAGAACCGGUGAUACCCUAUAAUCUCUAUUUCGACUUCCGAAAUGCAAUAGCGAAGAAACCGUACAACCAAGACGAAGUGAUAGCGACCUAUAAGCGCCUGAUUCACUCCAUGCCGCGCGCGAACCAGUACUUGUUGUUGUAUGUGCUCGAUCUGCUCUCUGUGUUUGCGAGGAAGGCGGAUAAGAAUCUCAUGACGGCGCAGAACCUCGCGGUGAUCUUCCGCCCAGGAAUCAUGUCCCACCCCGAACACGAGCUCACGCCCAAAGAACACCAACUCUCCCAAGAAGUCGUCGAAUUCCUCAUCGCGCACCAGGACUGGUUCAUGCUCGACAUUCCGCCCCCGCCUGAGAAUUACUCCAACUCGCCUUAUCACCCCAACUCCGCGAAUCCGGGCGCGGGCGGGAACCCACAAGGAAAUGCACACUCCUCGCCCUACCACGCACAUAAUAACUCGCCAUAUGGGGCAAGAGAGGAUAUGGAGGAUGUGGUCUUGGUGUCGAGUUCGGAGGAUGAGGGAAGUCCGGCGACGACGGGGACUGGGGGGUGGAAACUAGUUGGUGGGAGAGGCGCUGGUGAGACUGGACAGGGACAAGGACAGAAGAGGGUGGCGAGGAGGAGGACGAUGAAUGAGCGGGAUAAGGGGGUUAGGGGUGCAGUUGUUGAAGGGAGACGAUCAUCAAAAGAUCUUUCGCCUGUUGCUGAGGCACCAUCGAGAGGUGAAGGAUCGCCUAUUGGGGUUACGAGGUCACGGACGCUGCCGUCGACGCGAUCGGGGAGGUCGGGACAUACGGAGAGGGGGGUGCCGCCUAGCGCGGGUGCGGCUGCGACUACGGCAGCGGCAGGUGCGGCAACAACGGCGGGAACAACAGCAGCAGCAGCAGCAACGGCGGCGGCGGGUGCGGGAAUAACAGAAGGAAGAGGAGCGGUGACAGACGACGAACAUGAGAGACAUGGGAGGGUAUUGAAGAAACCGAGACCGAGCAGCGCGCAGCCUCCGCCGUCUUCUUCAAGAGGGAAGGGGGCGAAGAGUCCGGUGGGGACGAAGGAUGUGGGGGCGCCGGUUCAGGGGAGUCUAGUAGGGAGUGCGAAUGUGGGGAAGGAUUCGACGGCGGGAGGGGCGGCAGCUGGAGGUGGAGCAGCGCCGCCUCAGCCGAUUGAGGGGGUACCAACACCUGUGCAGGGGUCGUGAUAAUUCGACAUUGCACUCCUGCGCUGCCUGUCUACCCACUCGACCAGCACAGCACAGCCGUUCGUCCCGAGUCUCUUCUUUCAUCUGCGUUAUCGUGUUUUCGUUUCCUUGCCUUGCUCGUUUCCUGUCACUGUCAUCACCAAAUAAUCGUGUAUGUGAAUUUUAGCCUUUGUCUCUUCCCUCGUCUUUUUUGAUCGUUGUUGUUGUGUUUGUGGUGACGGUGAUGGGUGGCUUUUUGGUUCUGUUUAUACCCUUCGCUUUUUUCUCUUCCUACUUACCUUUUUUCAACUUCGAUCCACCCAACCACGAGUUUUUACGCAUCCCUUUUACAUGUCGCCCGUCCGUCGAUCGAUCGUCUCCAGCCUACCUGCCCUCACCACUCGCCACCCUUUGUAGCCACUUAUCGCUCCCGUCAUGCUCACGAUCCCGACGACAUCGACGCUUUCAUCCUCACUUCCGAGUUCUGUGCUUUUCUGAUUUGAUGUUCGUUUUAUUUAUUCUAUGAUGAUUUCUUGUUCCUUUCUUUCUUACCCUUACUUUUCCUCAUUCGAAUUUGCUCGUACCAAUAUCGGACUCUUCGCUUUGUUCUACUGUUUAGUGUUUAGUGUCUACCGUCUACCGUCUACUGUUUACUACUUAGUACCUACCUACCUACCUGCUUACCUACCUACCGACCUACCCUGCUUACCUACAUAGUCUACGUACGUGUUUACUCGAUAUCGAUAUCAUGAACCAUGAACGAACACUUGAUUGAUGUUUGGGGUUCUGAGUUGUGUUAAGUAGAUGAGUGUGGGUGUUU